AUGUUUUACGGAAAGGACAACGGGUUUGUAAAGUUGAUUUACAGAGAGAACAUAGAACUUGAAGAUCGAAACCGUUGUGAAUCUCUGUCGUCAAAUGAUACUUGGGUGGCUGGCAAGGUAGUGUUGUGCUUCACAAUCAGUGAUGGUCAGGGGCUAGCCUCAGCUACGAUAAAUGUUUUCAGGGCUGGGGCUUUGGGGAUGAUUGUUGCCAGCAAUCCUACUCAAAACCUAUUUCAAUACGCAGGUGUCCCGUUCAUUUUUGUGAGUUUUGAUGUCGGAACUCAAGUUCUUAAUUAUUUCCGUUCGACCAGGGACCCAAAAGUUCGACUUGUACCAUCAAAAACGUACAUAGGCAACCGUGCAACAACCUCUGUGGCAAUGUUCUCGUCGCGGGGUCCCAAUUCUCUUUCCCCUGAAAUCCUUAAGCCGGAUAUAGCAGCCCCAGGAGCUGAUAUACUAGCAGCAAUUCCUCCAAGUUCAAGCGCAAAUGGAUACGCAUUCUUAUCUGGAACAUCAAUGGCUGCUCCUCAUGUAUCAGGAAUUGUUGCGUUACUCAAGUCUUUACAUCCAGAUUGGUCUCCGGCUGCUAUAAGAUCGGCACUUGUUUCUACAGCCUGGAGAACCGAUCCCUAUUCGGGAGAACCAAUUCUGGCUGAGGGAGACAUAACCAGAAUAGCUGAUCCAUUUGAUUUUGGAGGGGGGCUUGUUAAUCCUAACAGGGCAAGAGAUCCAGGCCUUGUGUAUGACCUGGGAAUUGAAGAUUACACACAUUAUCUCUGUUCCAUGGAUUAUGAUGAAACUGCCAUUAAUCACCUCACUCAAAGAGCUAAAUCUUGUUCGAGUACAGUUACAUCUGUUCUCGAUUUGAAUCUUCCUUCCAUAACCAUUCCAAAUCUGAACGAUCCAAUUACUCUCACCAGAACUGUUACAAAUGUUGGAGCCAUAAAUUCUGAAUAUAAAGCUAUAAUUAGGCCUCCUCCAGGAAUUAGUGUAGUGGUUAAACCUGAUUAUUUGAUAUUCAGUCCUAAGAUUAAGAAGAUAUCCUUCACAGUUACCAUCUCUACAAGGCACCAGGUUACCACCAAAUAUUACUUUGGGAGCUUGACUUGGACUGAUGGCGCGCAUCAAGUAAGAAUUCCUAUAUCAGUAAGAAGCGAGUUUCCAGAACUUGUUUGGUAA